GCUCCAAACUUUGUUUAUGGGACAGUCCGGGAGCCGCGGCGGCCGCGCUGUCUGCUUCUCCUCAGCCUCCUCGCGGAGCGCGAGCGCCUGAGGCCAGUUCGGGGGAUGUGAGAGCAGAAGGCCCUCGGCUGCCAGGCACCGAGCCUGGUCAGGAUUUGCCAGCCGGGCCCCGGCUCCAGCCCUGCAAGCUCGGGACGCACCCUAGCGACCCAGGCCCGACAGCGAGUUCGGGCGGGACGGCGGCCGCCGCACGCCCAGACUCGGCUUCGCUGCGCGCCCAGAAGAUGAAUCCGGCCUCGGCGCCCCCUCCGCUCCCGCCACCCGGGCAGCAAGUGAUCCACGUCACUCAAGAUCUAGACACGGACCUCGAAGCCCUCUUCAACUCGGUGAUGAACCCCAAGCCCAGCUCGUGGCGGAAGAAGAUCUUGCCCGAGUCGUUCUUCAAGGAGCCUGACUCCGGCUCGCACUCGCGCCAGUCGAGCACCGACUCGUCCGGUGGUCACCCUGGGCCCCGACUGGCCGGCGGCGCCCAGCACGUCCGCUCGCACUCGUCGCCCGCGUCUCUGCAGCUGGGCACCGGCGCGGGCGCUGCGGGCAGCCCGGCGCAGCAGCACGCGCACCUCCGACAGCAGUCCUACGACGUGACCGACGAGCUGCCGCUGCCCCCAGGCUGGGAGAUGACCUUCACGGCCACUGGCCAGAGGUACUUCCUCAAUCACAUAGAAAAAAUCACCACAUGGCAAGACCCUAGGAAGGCGAUGAAUCAGCCCCUGAAUCAUAUGAACCUCCACCCAGGUGCCACUUCCACACCAGCGCCCCAGAGGUCCAUGGCCGUGUCUCAGCCGAAUCUCGUGAUGAAUCACCAGCACCAGCAGCAGAUGGCACCCAGUUCCCUGAGCCAGCAGAGUCACCCUCCUCAGAACCCACCAGCAGGGCUCAUGAGUAUGCCCAACGCGCUGACCACGCAGCAGCAGCAGCAGCAGAAACUUCGGCUUCAGAGGAUCCAGAUGGAGAGAGAGAGAAUUAGGAUGCGUCAAGAGGAGCUCAUGAGGCAGGAAGCCGCCCUCUGUAGACAGCUCCCCAUGGAAGCCGAGACUCUAGCCACGGUUCAGGCUGCUGUCAACCCACCCGCCAUGACUCCAGACAUGAGAUCCAUCACUAAUAAUAGCUCGGAUCCUUUCCUCAAUGGGGGGCCAUAUCAUUCGAGGGAGCAGAGCACCGACAGCGGCCUGGGGCUAGGGUGCUACAGUGUCCCGACGACUCCGGAGGACUUCCUCAGCAACGUGGAUGAGAUGGAUACAGGAGAAAAUGCAGGCCAGGCACCCAUGAACGUCAACCCUCAGCAGACCCGGUUCCCUGAUUUUCUUGACUGUCUUCCGGGAACAAAUGUUGAUCUAGGAACUUUGGAAUCUGAAGAUCUGAUCCCCCUCUUCAAUGAUGUAGAAUCUGCUCUGAACAAAAGCGAGCCUUUUCUAACCUGGCUGUAAUCAGUACCACUGUAGCUUGGAUGCAGCCGUGACCUGACAUUUCCUGGGCCUCUUGGAAAAAGCGAUGGAGCAGAGCAAGUCUGCAGGUGUGCCGCUUACUGCCUCCGUGACGCAUGCUCCCUCCUUUCCUUGUGGCCAGUUUAAUCAUUGCCUGAAGUUGAUUGACAGUAACGUAAGUUAAACAUAAAUAAACAUUCUAUUUUCAUUUUCUGCAAGCCUGCCUUCCUGUGAUGGGUUAUGCAGAAUUGUUUCAGCAGAAUUGAUUAUGCAGAAUUGCUUCUCUGCUGCCCCAUGACUAAGCUUUAUGGGUGUUAGCUGAAAUUUAUACAUCAAUUGAUUAUAAACCAUGAAAAGCUGACCACAGGCAGUGACUUCUGACAGGCGGCUCGGUCCAGGAAAUGUACACAAAAUUCAACCUGAUUUACAGUUUCAAAAACUGUAUUGAUGACAUUAGUACCAAAUGCUUUAAAAAAUAUUUAACUUGAGCUUUAAAAAUCAUUGUACAGAUAGUAAAAUUCUGCUGUUUGGAAUACAAUGUAGUCUGGGAUCCA